AUGAAGACAUCUGCGAUUCCGGCAUCUACUGCAUCUCCUAUACAAACCGUGGCCAUCAACAAUGCUGCAGACAUUUCUGUGAUUGUCCUGUACUUUGUUUUGGUGAUUGGUGUCGGACUAUGGUCUAUGUGUAGAACCAAUCGUGCAACCGUUGGUGGAUAUUUCUUAGCCGGGAGGAACAUGCGAUGGUACACAGUUGGAGCCUCACUGUUUGCCAGUAACAUUGGAAGUGGACACUUUGUCGGGUUGGCAGGUACAGGGGCAGCAAAUGGCUUGGCUGUUGGUGGCUUUGAGUGGAAUGCCCUGUUUGUUGUGCUACUCCUGGGUUGGUUGUUUGUCCCAGUCUAUCUGACAGCUGGGGUCAUCACUAUGCCCCAGUACCUGAUGAAGAGGUUUGGAGGAAAUAGAAUCAGGUUCUACCUCUCUCUCAUCUCUCUCUUUCUGUACAUAUUUACCAAGAUCUCAGUGGACAUGUUCUCUGGAGCAGUCUUCAUCCAACAAGCUCUGGGGUGGAACAUCUAUGUUGCAGUAAUUGCACUGCUAAUUAUUACCUGCAUCUAUACAGUGACAGGGGGCUUGGCCGCACUGAUGUACACAGAUACAGUGCAGACAUUUGUGAUCAUUGCUGGAGCUUUUGUACUAAUGGGAUACUCUUUCCAUGAAGUUGGAGGCUACCAAGCUUUAUUUACCAAGUACAAAGAAGCUGUGCCAAGCAUUCAUGAUUCAACAAAUCCUCUCAGCUAUAACAUAUCUGACAAAUGCUACCUUCCUCGUGCUGAUUCAUACAACCUUCUGCGAGAUGCUGUCAGUGGUGACCUUCCGUGGCCAGGAUUAAUCUUUGGCAUUACCAUCGUCGGAGUGUGGUUCUGGUGUAGUGAUCAGGUCAUUAUCCAGCGUUGUCUUGCUGCUAAGAACCUGACACAUGUGAAGGCUGGUUGUGUCCUGUGUGGCUACAUAAAGCUUUUGCCCAUGUACCUGAUGGUUUUACCAGGCAUGAUCAGUCGAGUACUUUACCCAAAUGAGGUUGCUUGCAUUGUGCCAGAGGAAUGUGAAAGGAUCUGUGGCACAUCUGUUGGUUGCUCAAACAUUGCUUACCCAAAGCUGGUGGUUGCAUUGAUGCCCAAUGGGCUGCGUGGGUUGAUGCUUGCCGUGAUGUUGGCUGCUCUCAUGAGUUCACUAGCAUCCAUCUUUAACAGCAGCAGCACACUUUUCACCAUGGACAUCUGGGCAAGGUUCCGGAAGGGGGCCAGCAACAAAGAGUUGAUGAUUGUUGGCAGGGUCUGGAUUCUUUGUAUUGUUGCAAUCAGCAUUGCUUGGAUCCCUGUGGUUCAGGCAGCACAGAGCGGGCAACUCUUUGACUACAUCCAGUCUGUCACAAGCUACCUAGCACCACCCAUUGGUGCAGUUGUCCUGCUUGGAGUCUUUGUGAAAAGAGUCAAUGAACCAGGUGCUUUUUGGGGCUUGAUUGGUGGCUUGGCAAUGGGCCUCUCCCGGAUGAUUGCUGAGUUUACCUAUGGCACGGGCAGCUGCAUUUUCCCAUCAUCCUGCCCUUUCAUCUUCUGUGGAAUCCAUUACCUACACUUUGCCAUCAUCCUGUUCACCUGCACAUGUGUGCUAGUGCUCAUCAUCUCCUUUUGCACUCCAUCAAUUGAAGAAAAACAUCUUCAUCGGCUCGUGUACAGUCUCCGCUACAGCCAAGAGAAAAGAAUUGAGUUGGAUAUUGUGGACAAAGUUAAACCAAAGAUCCAAACACAAGAAGAAGCAGAAAAUGGCACAAUUGACAAGCACCCAGUGACAACAGUUGCAGAACCAAAGCAAAGAAAGCAUCUCUUCAUCCGUUGCUUGAGUUGGUUCUGUGGAAUUAACUCAGAGUCAGGGCCAGAACCAACAGAAGAGGAGAAGGCAGAGGCCAUGAGGAAAAUGAUAGACAUCAGUGAGAAUAGGAUCUGGAGUACUGUAGUUAAUAUAAAUGCCAUUGUAAUGAUGUGUGUUGCACUCUUUCUGUGGGGCUUUUAUGCUUAA